UCAUAUGUCUAAUGUUUUUUUUUUUUUACUAAUUCUUGUUCCUCGGAAGAUUUAUUUUUAUACAGUUUAUUACUGUUACUUUGUUACCAAUUAUUGUACAUGCAAGUUAUGUUUGUUAUUUGGACUAGUUAUCCAUUUUAAAAAAUAAGGUUUUGCAAAUAAUGAAUCUUCACCUAAAAUCGCAGUUUGAAGCAUGUUAUAACAAUUCAUUGUGUGCCUUGAAAAGAAGCUGUCUAUCAGCCUAAUCUUACAAAAUUAUAUCAAUUACCUUUAUUUUGUAAUUGAAUGUAGCGUUUCCCAUGUGUGUGUUUGUUUGCUUUUGUAAUUGUUAACUGCAUCAACCAAUUAUGGACCUAAAUGAUAAUCAAUCCAAUAUACCCGAUCUUCAUCUGAGUGAUGUCAUUGAGGUGAUAGAAGAACACGUACGAGCUGAUCCAAUGCAACAAAUGGACUGCCCGUCAACUAAUAACGGCCGAAGACCAACAAAUGCACCAUACAUCAAAAUUGUUGAACAACCUGCUUCAAAAGCAUUAAGAUUUCGGUAUGAAUGUGAAGGUAGAUCUGCUGGUAGUAUACCUGGUGUCAAUAGCACUACUGAAAAUAAAACUUAUCCAACAAUACAAAUUGUUGGGUAUAAAGGUAGAGCUGUUGUUGUGGUAUCUUGUGUCACAAAAGAUAGACCUUAUCGUCCUCAUCCACAUAAUCUUGUCGGACGUGAUAAUUGCAAACGUGGUAUAUGUACAAUAGAGAUUAACAAUGAAUCAAUGACUGCUAGUUUUCAAAAUUUAGGAAUUCAAUGUGUUAAAAGAAAAGAUAUUGAUGAUGCUCUUAAAGUUCGUGAAGAUAUUCGAGUGGAUCCAUUUAGAACGGGAUUUUCACAUAAAGAUAAUCCAAGUUCAAUUGAUUUGAAUGCUGUUAGAUUAUGCUUUCAAGCAUUUUUAGGAGGAUCACAAAAAGGGAAAUAUAGUAUUCUUGAACCAGUUGUUUCUGAUCCAAUUUAUGAUAAAAAAGCUAUGUCUGAUUUAGUUAUUUGUCGAUUGAGUGAUGCUGCAGCAUCAGUUGCAGGAGGUAGAGAAAUUAUUCUUCUAUGUGAAAAAGUUACUAAAGAUGAUAUCCAAGUUAGGUUUUUUGAAGAACAAGAUGGUUUGUGUACAUGGGAAGGGUAUGCUGAUUUUCAACCAUCAGACGUACAUAAACAAGUAGCCAUUACUUUUAGAACUCCUAAAUAUAAAACAUUGCAGAUUGAUUAUCCAAUUAAGGUGUGGAUACAGCUUAAAAGACCCACUGAUGGAAUGUGUAGUGAUGCUCGCCCUUUUUUGUUAACACCGGUUGAUUCAGAUCCAGCCAUGUUGAAAAGGAAAAGACAGAAAUUACCUAGUGAAAGUGAACUUUUAAGGCAAUUACAGAGUGACCCCAGACUCAUUGCCCCAUCAUCAAACUUUAUUGAAGGAAUGGUGAUUGAUCCAAUGUCUAUUUCUGUUCCUAUUAAAGAAGAACCAGAAACCAGUCCUAACCCUUAUGCUGGCUUAUACCCAUUAGCCAGUACAAACGUUUUAGGGCAACCUUCACCUUUAUAUAAUUCCCGUACUCCAUCUCCUUUGGAAUAUCAAUUUCCUAAUACUGUAACUAGUUCAAACAAUUUUUAUGGACAGAUCACAUUGUCUAAAGUUACAGCUCGACCGCCCUCAGGAAUUCAAAAUAACUGUGGUACAAUUAGCGGAUGUACAGUAACAGAGGUAUGCCCAACACUUAACAACCAAACAAAUCCUACACCUAUUCAAACUACUUGUGUACCUCCCACAACAAUAUCUAUUACAUCUUUACCAUGUCCAACUGAAGGCAAUAAUGAUUCAACUCUAAUGGAAACGACCUUUUCUAGUUUAGACCGUUUGGAUUCGAAUGAUUUGAGAGCAUUCACUAUGAUAGAAGAUAGUGAGCAUGUAUUGUCUGCUAACUUGUCUGCUAGUUUACAAUUAGCUGAUGGAAGUUCUUCUAUCAAAAAUGAUGAAACGAUUCAAGAAACUAUUAAUAUGACGGAUAGUUUUGAUAGAAUCGCUAAUAGUACACUUAAUGAAUUUUGUGAGAUAUACACUAAACAUAGUUAAUUUU